AUGAGUUUUAACGAAACUCUUGAAGAGAACUCUGAGAUUGAUUCUCAAGCCCUUAUAAAAAAAGAUAAGCCACUUUUUAAUCCUUUGAAAAACUUAGAAAAAAUAAUCAAUCGAUUAAGAAGCGACCCUUCACCAAAUAAACUGAAAAAAUUGUAUUUGUCCUUGGCAAUUAAUAUUUCACCUAAAGAGCUAAAAACUCUUUUAUAUUUAAUUCAAACCUAUUCCAAUAGACCUAAAAUUCAGGAAAGCAUCUUACAGUCACUAGACCAAGGACUUAAACUUUACUUUGAGUUAGAGUGUGGACAGAUCAACAAGAGAGAAAAAAUUCUGUUUACAAGAGCCAACAGUUAUUUUUAUUUUGAUGGAAAAUGCAGUUCAAGUGAAAAGACAUUUCUAGAUAAAAAUCUUCAAAGUAGCCAAAGUGAAGAGGCGAUUUUAGAUAAAAAUCUUCAAAUUAAUCAAAGUGAAGAGAGCAAGCUUAGUGAAGAGAGUAAACUUAUUGAAGAGAGCAAGUUUAGUGAAGCUGACACAGAAAGUGUUGGGAGAAAAAAAAGAAAUGAUGAAAAUGAGGUAGGUGCUAAAUUUUGUCGAAUUGGAGACGACAACUCAUUUUUUGUGAAUCAAAAAGAAUUUAGUUUCCUUAUAUGGAUUUUUCCUGAAAAAAUAAAACCAGGCCCUAGCAUAAAAGAAGCGUUUAUUGCUGAUUUUUCAGAAUUUCCAAAUGGACCUGCAAAAUUUUCUAUUUUUUUGACAAGCAAUUUGUCUAUCAAUAUUAAAUACUCGAAGAAUAAGACAUUGCAAGGUAAAAAUGGGGCAAUUAUUAAUAAUCAGUGAAAUUGUAUAGGGAUUUCUAUAAGAAGAGGAAAGGGAAAAGACAAAGCAGAGUACUUGAUAAUGUAUAAAAAUGGAAGCUGGGAUCCUCAUUAUGAAACGCAAUCAUAUUUCUAUCCUGAAGGAAAUUUUAAAAAUCUUUGUAUAGGAGGACCAACUGAAAGUUUUGAUAACAAUUUUCUGAAUAGUGAAAUUUCUCCUUAUUUUUUAUUCCGGGGAAGAAUUGGUUCAGUUUACCUUUUCAAAAAAUUUUUUAAUCAGCCUUAUUAUGAUAGAAUUUCAGAAUUUAGCAAUAAAUUAACUUUGAGAUGCAAUUAUGAUUCUAUCGGAAACAAACUUAUGCUGAAAGAAAUUAUAGAUUCCAUUGUUUUCAAGUGGGAAUCAUCAUGAAAAUGGGAAAAAUAUUACAAAUAUUUUGAGUCUGAUAUGAAUAUUGCUAUUAAAAAUGAGAAGGGGUAUCAAAGAGUAGUUUUCUCAACAAUAGUUGAUGCGUUAGCACUUAGUGGAGGACUUGAUAUUUGGAUUCCUUUAAUUAAUCAAUGCAGCUUAGAAGGAAUUGUUUAUAUUUUAAGUAUCAUUGGGGCUAUAUGUCAAGUAAAGAAUUAUCUUGAUGAAGCACUUUCGCCCAAUUUUUUUGAGAUUUUAGGUGCAGCCUUAGAAGAAAAAAAUCUUAUCCCGAAUAAAGAAUUUUUGGAUAGAUGUGAAGACAUUAUCGUAUAAUCAAAAAAUGGGCGUCAUUCGAAUUUUUUUGGUCUCCCGACCGAAAAUUCUCUUCCUCAAUUUUUUGAUUAUGAGGUUUGGCUUUCCCCAGCGAAUUUAUCCCGGCGAUGACAGGGCUUCAAGUGCCUGUGGUGCGCGAAGCAGGAUUCCUGUCCCUUAGGGAAAUCGAAUUUUCUGGAAGGAUGCCACCAACCCCAGGCAGUGGAGACUGGGAUCUUUAGGGUGCCUGACGGACCCAAGUUGGUUUUGCCCAAGAGCCGGAAGGACGGCCGUCGAAAUCCGAACACCGAAUCUGAUGGGACCAUUCAGCCUUGAAGCCAGGUGGUGCACGACAUUUUGGUGGAGCGGGGAAACCCAGAAGCAGGACGGAUACCCGUGCAGGGAAUGUGAUAUUGGACGUUAAGCGUGUAUUAAUAUUAAGUAAGUAAGUGAAGAUAUUAUCGUUAAUCUAGAAAACAGUUCUGAGCAGGAAAAUUUCACAGAUUCUUUACAGUCCAGAGCAAUGAACUCUAUAUUUUUAAAUAAAGGAAUCUGAAAAAGCCUCCCAUUCAGCCUUUUGAGAGAAUACCUUGAUUUCUUAUCAAAACACAUAUCAAUUUUAUUCAACCAAAAAGAAGAAAUUUUUAAAAUUUUUUUUGUUGUAAAUACAAUAAAAGAUAUCGUAUUCAAAGACAUCAACAUAAAAGAAAAAUUUAAUGAAGAACCCUACAAGCUUAUCUCCAAAAUUAUGCAAGAAAUCUUUAAAAAGCUUCAUUGUGAAGACAAUGAAACAAGCGAUAUAAAUGAGCCAAAAACUCCUAAAAGCUCAAAAAAAUAUCAAAAUGAGAUCACAAUCCAAGCUCACGUCAUCAUUAAAAUAAUCCUAAUGAUGAUCGAAAAAGAAGCUGAAGAAGUGCUUAUAAACUAUUGUCUUGAAGCCUAUUUUUCUUUAAAAUGCAAAGAUGACGAAAUUGAUGAACUAUUUAAGAGGGCUUUAAUUUUAUUUAAAGAACAAAAAGAGAACCCUAUAAUUCAGAAAAAUGCAGGAAUGUUAGCGAUAAAAUUGAUUUUUAAUUUUAUUCCUUGUAUGUGGGAAUUUGACAAUAUGAAUAGAAGACUGAUAAAUUUCCACCAUGACUGGGAAGAUGUAAAAAGAAGAAUUAAGAAAUUAUGCAAAAGUCUUAAAAAAUAUUUACAUUGGAAUAAUAUAUAUCCAAUCCUUUUCAUACUGGAAAAAGAAAUGAAAAAUAAAGAAUUUGAUGGAACAAUUCAAGCCACUUUGCCUGAAAUUAGGAGAAAAUUGAAUUCACUUAUAAAUAUUUUGACUGAUAGAAUAUCGUAUCUGAUAUGAAAAAAGGAAAUUAGAGUAAAUGACGUAAGUCCGGAUGCAGAGAAUAAUCAAGUCGAAAAAUCAGAAGAUUUGGGAGAACUGUAUCUUAAGAAUAUAUUUGAAUUAUUGAUUGAAAAGUGGAAUAAAUAAAAUGGCAUUCGAUUCGAGCGAAAUUAGCUCCGCUAAUUUUCUCUCCCUCAAGCAAUUUUAUUUAUGGGGUUAGGUUUUCUUCUGAGAAGAUCUGUAUAGCAACUCUGGCAGAUAAGCAGAAGCACUGCCCAAGUACAUCAAGAGGCUCGAAGUUUUAGCUCUCAGGACACCCGAGGAAGAUGACCCUUAGGCGGAACACGCCCAGGAGCUGAGCCAAGGUAAGGCAAGACAGCACAGCCCAUCAAAGCCGGAACGCUGUAUUUGCCCGUGUCAUGGCACAACAAAGUGGAUCGAUCCAGAGGUCCAUGGGCCGAUACGUGGACAAAUAUGGUGGCAGCAAUGGAAACGGAUACCCAGUAGUGCUUGUUAAACAUAAUAAAUAAUAUAGCGAUAAAGAUUGAAAAAGUCGAAGCAAAUAUAAACUAUAGUCCCUAUUUGCAUGAUAGUGCGAAUUUCCCUAAAUGAGUAAUUGAUGCUUAUAAGAUAUGUGCAGGAAAUGAUGAGCUAUGCCAAGUUAUUUCGAGCCUUAAUAGAUUUGUGCUAGCAAUUUUCUCUAAAAAUGCUAAAUUAACAAAUUUUUGCAAGCUUAGAGAGUUCUUAAUUGGAGUUGGGAACAUAAAUUAUAACGAAAUAUUUGAUUUUUUGAACUGUCUGCUGGAAAAAAUGAAAGAAAGCUUCAAAAAUAGUGAGGAAUGAUUUUUCGAGUUUUUAAGUGUUUUAGAAGAUUUAUUAAACCCUCAUUUUGUCAAUAUUAGCUAUAUUGAUUGUGAUAAAUUUAAAAAUCUUAUAAAAGAAAUAUCAGGAUUUGCAACAAAAAUUGCAAAAUUUCACAGAAUUUCCUACCCUGAAUUUAUUUUUGUUGAUUUACCUGAAUUAAAUUCGCUUUUAGAUUCAAUAUCACCCAUAAAUUAUCCUUCAAAAUGAAUUUGUUUGAGAAAUGGCGGGUAUGUGCGAUAUAUUCUAAGAUUUAUAUUUACUUAUCUUUAUAUUAAUCCCAAUGAUUUGGAAAUUAUUGAAAUUUUGGAAUCUUUAGUCAAGAAAUGAAAAGGAAAAUUCACAAAGCUAAAAAAAAUUGUGACGAAAAGAUGCAAAAUACUUUCCGAUUUACAUGAGGAGCUGAAACAAGUGAAAUUACAAAAAAAAAUGGAUUUUUUUGAUUUUACAGCACUAUAUAUAUUAACUGAAUGCACAUCAAUUAUUCUUAAGCAUCAAGAUAAUUCCAGCAAUAUUUUGAUAUUUUUAUCACGCUUUAUUGAAGAAUUCAAUAUUUUUAAAAUGCUAAAAAAAAUUAGCACUAAUAGCUCAAUGGACUCUUUCUCAGAAAUUAAAAAUGAUUUUUCUAAGUUUUACUGCACUUCAGAGCUAUGGCUGCAUGAUUACUGGCUUGAACGAAAGCACAGAAAAGAGAACCCUACUAUAGCGCUAUCUACAGAAUCACAGCUAGACCAGCUGAAAUUUACUGCCAUAUACAUGUCAAAAGAGAAAUUAAUGAAAAACCAAAAAAAUGCAAAUUUUUUAGAUUUAUUAAAAAGUUCUUUGCUCUCACAAGAAUGAGUCGAAAAUAUCCACUCGUUUUUAGUAGUUUUUACAUCAAUGAGAAUUAAUUUGAUAUCAUUUUUAACUCCAGUUUAUCGUGAUGCUGGAACUAAUCCUUUUUUAAAGGAAGAGAUUUAUGAAUUAGAAGUUAAAUCGCCAAAGAAAUCAUUUUUCACUCCAAUUUUUCGUGAUGCUGGAGCUGAUCCUUUGUUAAAAGAAGAUAUUUAUGAAUUAGAAGGGAAAUCACCAAAGAAAAAUACAAUUGCAGAAAUAAAAAAUAACGCAGUGUGUCAGGUUGAUUUAGUAAAAGCGCCUGGAGUAGAAAAAAUCAAGCUAAAUAACUACAAAUUGAAAGAAGAAAUAAGAUCAGCUUAUACAAAAUAUUGCCAAACCAAUGAAUAUAACUCUCUUUGGCACAAAAAGCUUUACAAAUCUAUAAUGAAAACAUCGAAAUUGCUAUUUAACAACCCAAACAGCUCAUCGCAGAAAUACGGAAUAACCUUCCAAUUCGAUAAGCUCGGAAGAACCCCAUUUCUAAAAGAAUGAACCAAACGAAAAGAUCCUCAAACUAGUCCCCAAAUUUUAAAAAGUACUUUUUGUGAUGAAUUAUCUCAAAAUUUAAAUCUAGACAGUGACAGCCCAAAACAAACUUCUAAAAAUUAUUCAGAUUUUUUGAACCAAUUAAAUAAUACUUUAUUUAACAUUUCAAAUGACGAAAAAGAAAAUUCUGAGGACCCAACUGAUGAGUCUGGCAGCAAUUAUGAAGAAAUUAAAGGAGAAAAUGCAGAAGAAGGGUAUUCUCUAACAUCUGUAGAAAAAACGAUAAAGUUUGAAUGUAAAAGGAUCAAAAUUCAAGGGGUAAAUCAUGGGUUCAUUGAAGUGAACCAAGAGUAUGUGAUUUUUAUAAUAAAAAAUGAUAGGAAACAUUCAGUUGAAUCGCCAACUCAUAAUUUACAGGGCACAAAAAAAGAAAUAAGACUAUGGAAAAUCAGUGAAAUUACUGAAAUUUUUGCAAGAAGAUUUGUAUACUUUUUAAAAUGCCCUAUAUUUAAUGAUUUAACAGUCUAUAAAAAUUGAUUAGUUAAUAAAUUCAGUUAAAAUAGUAUACAUCGCCACAGCGCUAUUGAAAUUUUUUUAAAAUCAGGAAAAUCCAUUUAUUUUGAACUGACUGAAGAAAACUAUGCAAGCCAAAGAAAAGAACUAUUAAAUUAUUUUACAAUAAAUCUGAGGUCUCAUAAUAUUUCUGUAUAUGGGAAACGCCCAUCAAAAGAGAUUCUAAAUUUCAGAACAUCAUGGAAAUUAGGAAAAAUCAGCAAUUUCCAUUAUUUAAUGAUCCUCAAUAAGUUUGCAAGCAGAUCUUUUCAUGAUUUAAGUCAAUAUCCAGUAUUUCCUUGGAUAAUUAAAGAAUGGGAAAAUGACGUCCUUGAUCUCAAAAAAAAAGAAAAUUACAGGAAUUUAGAGUGCCCUGUUGAAGUAUAUACAAUAAAAUUGUGAAGAAAAUUAGCUAUCCUUGAGAUACUGUAGCUGGUUUAGGCUGGGGACUUUGUGGAAGGGAAGAUAGCUUCGACUAUGUGCAUCCGGACAAGUUUUAAUUGGUUUGGUGGAGUGCAAUGAUAAGUUAACAGACACAAGCUCACGUCCUGUUCAAGGUUCUGUUGACGUGAAGCAUAGUGAUCUGCGUCUCCAAUUCACGGGUCGAAUCCCUCGUUCGUGAAGAGCAACACAGUGCCGGACUGAUAAUCAAUGGUGAACUGACAAUGCAGAUAAAUAUGGCCUUCAGGCCUGCCGAGCUUUUAUGUUAUUUUAAUUAAGCUAAGUAAGCCCUGUUGGAGCACAAAACGCAGAAAGAAUUAAUGACCUACAAAAAAGAUAUGAUUUAUGCGCUGAGUCUGGUAUGGCCCCAUUUCAUUAUGGUUCACAUUAUUCUAACGGUGGGCUAGUUUUGCAUUAUUUACAAAGAAUGGAGCCUUUUACAGAGCAAGCUAAGCAGCUCCAUGGAGGAAAAUUUGACGUUCCAGAUCGUCAAUUUUUUUCUAUGAAAACUGCUUGGACAUGUAUAAAUUCUUCAUCAGGGGACGUAAAAGAGCUGAUUCCAGAAUUAUUUUAUAUACCAGAAGUCCUUAUGAAUAUAAAUCAUGAGAAUUUUGGAAUAAGGCAAGAUGGGAAGGGAGUGGGAGACUUAGAACUCCCGAGAUGGGCAAAGAAUCAUUUUGACUUAGUCAGAAAAAGUAGAAAAGCGUUGGAAUCUUUCCAUGUUAAUAAAAAUUUGUCCCAAUGGAUUGAUCUUAUUUUUGGAUAUAAGCAGAGCGGAGAAAAUGCUAAAAAAGCUUAUAAUGUCUAUUUUCCUACCACUUAUGAAGAAAAUUUCGUCAAAAUUGUAAAAAAUUCUCAAGAUCCAGAUUUUGUCAACUCAGUCAUCCAGCAAGCCAUUCAUUUUGGGCAAACUCCAAUAAAGCUAUUUAAAGGGGAGCAUCCUAAGAAGGAGAAAAAAGAUGAACCAAGAUCUAUUGAUCUAGAAAGAGUGAGAAGCAUUUGAAAUUACAGUGAAAUAGAUCACUUAAUAGUUUAUGAAAAGGUACUAGCAAUGUUGAUAUCGCAAGGAUAUUUUAUUGUUAUAGUGCAUGACAAAAUCUCGAUUAAAAUGAAGAGAUUUAAACUAAGGGAUUCAAAAAUAGAAUUUUCUAAUAAAGAAUUUAUUGAGCUUAAAGAUACAAAAUACUUAUAUGAUGACACCUGCCAUAAUUACAGUCCUUAUUUAAUACUUAAAGAAGAAAUUAUAAUAUCUGGGUGUUAUGCUGACAAUACAAUUAAGCUUCAUAGUCCUGAUGGAAAUUUAUUGGGCUCUUUAAGCUAUCAUGUUGGUACAGUCUCAGCGAUUGUGGCCACAGAAACUCAGCUAUUUACAGGAAGUCUUGAUACGUCUAUUAUAUGUUGAAAAUUAGCAUCAGCGUUUACUGAUAUUUUUAUUUUAAAUAUAUAAUCUAUAUCUUUUCUUAUAAUAUUAAAAUCCUUAUUUACUAUAAAAACCAUAUUAUAAUUUCAAAAAAAUCUAUACUGACAGGCCAUAUUAGUCCUAUAAAGCAGCUUAAAAUUUCUGAAGAAUAUCAAGCCUUAAUAUCUUUUAGUCAAGAUAGCACAGUAAUUUUUUACAAUUUAAGGAACCUCGAUAUUUUGAAAAAAAUUGUUUUUGCAGCUGAAAUUUAUUCAAUAGGUUUUAAUGAUUAUGGGCUACUUGCAACUGCCGGAAGUGAUGGGAUCAAGCUAUUUACAAUUAACCACACUGAAAUUGACAUAGAGCAGCCUGAAGGUUUUAUAACAAAUACCAUUAGGAAUAUUGAAAUUGAAAAUUCAGGGGACUUUAUAUUAGCUUCAUCAGAUGACCAAUUUAUGAUUUUUGAGCCUUUUAAAAGAAACCCUAAGGUACCGAUUAUAAAAUCCGGCUUUGCCAUGCUUUCACUGCUUCAAGACUAUUUAAUUGUAUGUGAAAAAGAUAAAAAUCAAAAUAUAAUUUACAUCUUGGAAUAG